AUGCAGUUAAACUUAGAUGGAAUUAACGACGAUAGUGACGUAGCGAGUGGAUUAACCACUACUCGCGUUGAUUGGCGACUCGCUCGAUUGUUGCUAAUGAAACAUUUUUGGCUGGACAGUCAGGGUAUUUGUGACAAUGAAAUGCCGAUAUGGAUAUUGUUCGGUUUGUUUUUCGUUAGUGCGUUCUUGAUUCUCGUCUAUCUGCUGUGUCAAAAACGACGCAAUCGAUAUGUGAUCAAGUAUGUGGAUAGACCUGUGUUGGUGACCGCGUACGGACCGGAAACUGUUUAA